AUGGCGUCCAACGGCGAUUUCUCCGAUGAUUCACUCCCCGGCAGCCCAAACCUCGAUGCCACCAAUGCCCAGGACUUCGAUGACCAGGAGCCUCUUGAUGAGAAGCCUCUGAAGUCCGCAAUGAAGAAGACUGCUGCUCCGCCUCCCGAGGCUCCUAAGCGUCCUUGGCUCCCCGAGCAACCUGAUCCGGCUACCUUGGACCUGUCUUCAUUGACACCUUUGUCGCCUGAAGUCAUUGCCCGGCAAGCUACUCAGAACAUUGGCACUAUCGGUCACGUCGCUCACGGUAAGAGUACGGUUGUCAAGGCUAUUUCAGAGGUUCAGACCGUCCGCUUCAAGAACGAGCUGGAGCGUAACAUUACGAUCAAGCUGGGUUAUGCGAACGCGAAGAUCUACAAGUGCGACAACGAGGAAUGCCCUCGGCCGACAUGCUACAAGAGCUACAAUAGCGCAAAAGAAAUCGACCCGCGUUGCGAGCGUGAGGGCUGUGGUGGAACCUACCGUCUGCUUCGUCAUGUUUCCUUCGUUGAUUGCCCUGGUCACGACAUUCUCAUGAGUACCAUGCUGUCAGGUGCCGCUGUCAUGGACGCAGCCCUUCUUCUGAUUGCCGGAAACGAAACUUGCCCUCAGCCUCAGACAUCUGAGCACUUGGCUGCGAUUGAGAUCAUGAAAUUGAGCCACAUGGUCAUCCUGCAAAACAAGGUCGAUCUGCUGCGCGAAGAGAGUGCGCUGCAACACUACCAGUCUAUUCUGAAGUUCAUCCGAGGAACCGUUGCCGAUGGCUCUCCUGUCAUUCCCAUCUCCGCUCAGCUGAAGUACAACAUCGAUGCCGUCAAUGAGGCUCUUGUAUCUUUGCCCAUGCCUAUCAGGAAUUAUAACGAGACUCCUCAGCUUAUGGUGAUCCGAAGUUUCGACGUUAACAAGCCUGGUGCGGAAAUUGACGAGCUCAAGGGAGGUGUUGCCGGCGGUUCCAUUCUUCAGGGUGUUCUGAAGGAGAAUGAUGAGAUUGAGAUUCGUCCCGGUUUGGUCACGAAGGAUGAGGCUGGUAACAUCCAGUGCCGUCCUAUCUUCUCUCGCAUCGAGUCCUUGUUCGCUGAGAACAACCCCCUGCGCUUUGCUACACCUGGUGGUCUUAUCGGUGUUGGUACCCGUAUUGACCCUACCCUCUGCCGUGCGGACCGUCUGGUUGGUUUCGUGCUUGGCCACCGUGGCCGCCUUCCUGCCAUCUACACGGAAAUCGAGGUCAACUACUUCUUGCUCCGUCGUCUCCUGGGUGUCAAGACUGCGGACGGCAAGCAGGCUAAGGUUGCUAAGUUGGCUAAGAAUGAAGUUCUGAUGGUGAACAUUGGUUCCACUGCCACAGGUGCGAAGGUUCUCGGCGUCAAGGCCGAUGCUGCGAAGCUCAGCCUGACAAGCCCUGCUUGUACCGAGAUUGGCGAGAAGAUUGCCAUCAGCCGAAGAAUCGAGAAGCACUGGCGCCUGAUCGGUUGGGCCAAUAUUGUUGCGGGUAACACCAUUGAGCCCAUCGCGCACUAG